AUGACUUCUCCGCUCCUCGUCUCCGUGUUAGUUCUUCGCUCAUUAAUUGCAACUACGAAGACACCUGUGAGGAGCACAAUAAAACCAUCGGUAACACAGAAUGAUUCGAGAACUCCAACAGUCCUUGCAUCAUCGCCAAAAGGUUUAGUUCCAGACGUCGGAAAGCCUUUAUUAUCUAAACCACCAUCAACAUGGGUGGACGUUCGCUUGGUGAACAAAAGAGGGUUUUAUUUGAUCAUGUUUGAAAACGGAACAAUAGCUGGCAGCUGGAAGAGGUUUUUAACAACGAGAUAUGGGCUGUUUCGCAUUCAGUCUCACGGGACGGGCAUUGUAAAGUUGAAAAGUUUGACAACAAUGAAAUACAUCGCGAUCGGCAAUCUUGGGCAAAUUUAUUCCACGGCCAACUCGUCCAAUGAAGACACUUUAUUGAAGCACGCUCAGGAAGAGAAUCACUUCUACUCUUUUAGCUCCUACCUGUAUCCCACCACUCAAAACCACUCGAACAGGAUAUGGCUGCUAGCGAUUGGAUCGAAAGGACGAAUAAGAAACGCUUCAAGGGUGUCACCACUACACAAAUCACAUCAGUUCCAGAUUAGUAACAUACGAGAAAACAGCGGGAAAAGCGACGUAAAGGCUUUGGUACAUCUUGUAGAGCAUAGAGGAAAGUGAAGAAAUCCAUGGUCAUGUUUGCAUCAAAGAGAAGAGAAAAAUCAAGGAGAGAUGACGCUUAUCUCUAGGAUUAAUUGGGCACCACGAAUCCGAAAUUAGGGUUUGGUUAUCAAGUUACUUCUAACAAGCGAACUAUAUUUUCUCGAACGGCUGCAGUUUGUUGCGUUGAUAUUUUAUGGGAAAAAAGAAUCGCAAUCUUCGCAGGCAUAAGUUUUAAAAAGAAAACAAUGGUCGAUAGUUAACCGAGUACGUAUGGCGCUAUUCUACCCUUGCAUUUACAGGUUACAAAGAGGCAGUCUGAUGGUGGUCUAUCUGAAGACAAAAGAAGCAGCGAGACCAAAAACAUCUUAAAUAUAGUGGAGUAGCCUUACCCAGCUUGCCAAACAAUGAGAGAGAACCUCGGUCCACGUUUACCGAUUUCUUAGGGGUCCAAUUUUUUUUAACACUUGUCGCUGAUUGGUCCAUUCUGGUAUCGUGGAUCUAGCAGGAUGGGUUAUUCUAAGACCAAUUCAACAAGCAAUUCGAGAUAUUUGACCCGGAAGUGCCACGUACUAAUAUCAAUUAAUCCUGAGAUUUGUCGUUCCGUGUUAGCUCGCUUGACGGUUCGUAUUUCAUCGAUAUGGGAAAAAAGGAGUCUUUUUCCUUAAAUUACAUCAUGAGUGAAAUGUUUGGCAGUGGUGUGUCAAAUACAUUAAUUUUUGUACAUUGUUAUCAAAUAGAUUCCAUUUUUCCAGGGGUACGGUCAAUAAUAGAUUAUAAAUGACGUCAAAAUGCGGCAAGAACCAAAAAGUGGGACACGAAGCGCAGCGGAGUGUAUCAGAUGAUCCUACCACAGUUGACAAUGAUUUAUUAUUGUUAAGACACCCGGCACAUCGAAUCUAUUUGUUGUUAGAUACCUUACUCGUACUUCACUUCGCGAUUCCCGUUAGACGUCUUGCGCGGGGUUAUAUUUUCGCAAUUUCAAUAGGCAAAUUAGAAAAUGGGGCAUCAAAUGUUGCGAUUCAAGCGUUCUCGACUUUAUUUUAUUUUUCAGUAAGUUUCUUAAAAA